AUGGCCAACCAACUUCAUAGCGCGCCGCCUUUCCGGGCCGAGCACUUGGGCUCAUUGCUGCGUCCUCAAAAUCUGCUGGAGGUUCGGGCUAAGAUCCGCGACACUGGUAUUUCCGAAGAGGAGGCCGGUCUGCACGCCGUCGAAAAGGAGGCUGUCAAGGACGUCGUCCAGCUGCAGCGGGACCUGGGAUUCAAGGCUAUCUGCUCGGGCGAGUUCAACCGCACCCGUUUCUGGGGUCUGACGUGGGAUGAGUUUGAGGGAACUAUCCGUCUGGAGGAUGCCGAUGCAUCCAUGUUCCGCCUUUACCAUCCCGACGUUGUGAGUCUGAUCGAGCAGGACCGCAAGGUCAUGCCCGGGGACUCAGUAAUUGCUGGCUCUAAGCUCUCCUGGAGCCCUGAGAAGUGCGUCUCCAACCUUCACGAGCUGAAGCUCGUCCAGGAUACCACCCCUAAGAGUGAGUGGGGUAACAUCAAGCUGACCAUGAUCACGCCCGCUUGGUUCCACAUGCGCUAUAAGCAGGGCAAGGCUUACACGCCUGAGGCAUAUGCCAACGACGCCGAGUACUUCCAGGGUGUUGCCGAGGUGUACCAGGCCGAGCUGGACGCUCUGUACAAGGCUGGUCUCCGCAACGUCCAGUUCGACGACCCCGGCAUGGCAUACUUCUGCUCCAACGCCUUCCGCAAGGGCUGGGAAGAGGACAAAGACAACAUCGGCAGCGUCGACGACCUCUUCGAUGCGUAUAUCAAGCUGUACAACGACUGUUUGUCCAAGGUCCCCGCAGACCUGCAUACCGGAAUUCACUUGUGCCGCGGUAACUUCAUCGGUGGCCGCCACUUCUCCGAAGGCUCCUACGAUAUCAUCGCCAAGAAGCUGUUCGAGAACCUCAAUGUUAACACAUUCUACCUGGAGUACGAUACUGAGCGUGCCGGCGGGUUCGAGCCCCUCAAGUUCCUGCCCAAGAACAAGAACGUCGUUGUUGGCGUUAUCAGCACGAAGCUCCGCGAGCUAGAGGAUAAGGAAGCCAUGAAGGAGCGCAUUUACAAGGCUGCUGACUUCGUAGCCUCAGGGAGCGGAGAGACCCGCGAAGAGGCGCUGAAGCGUGUUUGCGUCAGCCCCCAGUGUGGAUUUAGCACCCACGAGAGCGGAUACCCGUUAAGUUUGGAGGACCAGAAGAAGAAGCUGGGUCUUGUCCGCCAAAUUGCGGACGAGAUCUGGGGUGAGGCGUAG